CUGACACCGACUCAGGCGCAGGAAGAAACUAAACAGUAGUUUGGACACCGAACUGAAGUCAUGUGUGGAAUAUUUGCGUACCUCAACUAUCAUGUCCCUCGCACCCGGCGUGAGAUCCUAGAAAUCCUGCUCAAAGGGCUGCAGCGGCUGGAGUACCGUGGAUACGACUCGGCGGGAGUCGGCAUCGAUGGAGGAAACAAUAAGGACUGGGAGAACAAUUCUAAGUCCAUCCAGCUGAUCAAACAGAGGGGCAAAGUCAAGGUCCUGGACGAGGAGAUCCACAAACAGCAGGACAUUGAUCUAGAUGUCGAGUUUGACGUCCACCUUGGUAUCGCACACACACGCUGGGCCACACACGGUGUUCCCAGUCCUGUCAACAGCCACCCACAGAGAUCUGACAAACACAACGAGUUCAUCGUUAUUCAUAACGGAAUCAUUACCAACUACAAAGACCUGAGGAAGUUCCUGGAGAGUAAAGGCUAUGAGUUUGAGUCCGAGACUGAUACUGAGAGCAUCGCUAAGCUGGUGAAGUACAUGUACGACAACCGCGAGAACGACGAAGUCAGCUUCGCCACGCUCGUCGAACAGGUCACCCUGCAGCUGGAGGGAGCUUUUGCACUGGUGUUCAAGAGCGUACACUUUCCGGGAGAGGCUGUGGGAACAAGGAGAGGAAGUCCACUGCUAAUGGGUGUGAAGAGCGACCACAAGCUCUCGACAGAUCACAUCCCCAUCCUCUACCGCUCAGCGAAGGACAAGAAGGGCUGUGGUGGCUCUCUACCCAGGACGGACGAGGACACCUGCCUGUUUCCUGUGGACGAGAAGGCAGUCGAGUACUACUUCGCUUCUGAUGCCAGCGCCGUGAUAGAGCACACAAACCAAGUCAUCUUCCUGGAAGACGACGACAUCGCCGCUGUGUCUGACGGCCGUUUGUCUAUCCACCGGAUCAAACGGAGGGCAGGAGAUCAUCCAGCUCGCGCCAUCCAGACCCUGCAGAUGGAGCUGCAGCAGAUCAUGAAGGGUAAUUUCAGCUCCUUCAUGCAGAAGGAGAUCUUCGAGCAGCCCGAGUCUGUCGUCAACACCAUGAGGGGCAGAGUAAACUUCAAUGACAACACGGUGACAUUAGGAGGAUUGAAAGAUCACAUUAAGGAAAUCCAGAGAUGUCGGAGGCUCAUCCUUAUUGCGUGCGGUACCAGCUAUCAUGCAGGAGUUGCAACACGUCAGGUGUUGGAGGAGUUAACCGAGCUGCCCGUCAUGGUGGAACUGGCGAGCGACUUCCUGGAUCGCAACACACCGGUCUUUAGGGAUGAUGUCUGCUUCUUCAUUAGCCAGUCAGGCGAGACAGCAGACAGCCUGUUGGCACUGCGGUACUGUAAGGAGCGCGGCGCCCUCACCGUGGGCAUCACCAACACCGUGGGCAGCUCCAUCUCCCGCGAGACUGACUGCGGCGUCCACAUCAACGCCGGGCCCGAAAUCGGAGUGGCCAGCACUAAGGCGUACACCAGUCAGUUCGUGGCCCUCAUCAUGUUCGCCCUGCUCAUGUGCUCGGACAGAAUAUCCAUGCAGCCCAGGAGACGGGAGAUCAUUCAGGGUCUCAGAGUUCUACCAGAUCUGAUAAAGGAGGUGCUGAGCCUGGACGAGGAGAUCCAGAAGCUGGCCACCGAGCUUUAUCAGCAGAAGAGUGUGCUCAUCAUGGGUCGAGGCUACCACUACGCCACGUGCCUGGAGGGGGCACUGAAAAUUAAAGAGAUCACCUACAUGCACUCGGAGGGCAUCCUGGCAGGAGAGCUGAAGCACGGGCCUCUGGCUUUGGUGGACAAGCUCAUGCCUGUUAUAAUGAUCAUCAUGAGGGACCACACGUACGUCAAGUGCCAGAAUGCUCUGCAACAAGUGGUGGCACGACAGGGUCGUCCCAUAGUGAUCUGCGACAAGGACGACUACGAGACCAUAAAGAACUCGAGCCGUACUAUUAAAGUGCCGCACUGCGUGGACUGUCUGCAGGGGAUCCUCAGCGUCAUCCCGCUCCAGCUGCUGUCCUUCCACCUGGCCGUGCUCAGAGGAUACGAUGUGGACUGUCCAAGGAACUUGGCGAAGUCAGUCACAGUGGAGUAACGCCUCCCUUGUUUCAACACCUUCAGAAUGUGACCUUAAAAAAAAAAUUUAAAAAAACACCCACACAAACCCACAUCCACACACAUACACAUACACAAAUACUGGAAUUUAAAAAGAAAGCUUUUCUACAUCAUGUCAGUCUCAACCCUGUUUGUCCGAUCCUCGACAUGAGGAGUAGCAGCUGUCGAUUGUAUCGUCCUUUUCGUUGGUGGUUGCAGGGUGCAGAGCGUCUGUCUUUAACACACUUCCUCCUCUUUAAAGCGUGGCUUUAAUAAUAAUUAUGCUUUGAUUUACUUUUUUUUUUUUUACAGUAACAGCAAGUAAUCUGACACAGACACCAAAAAACUAAACCUUAUAUUAUUGUUUUAGUCAUGCUAGCUUAUUUAUAGAGAUCGUCCCUUUCUUUUUUGCAGCUUGACGUUAAUCUUGUCCAGUUUGGAGUUUUGAGUUUGUUUCAGCAUUGGUUCUACAUCCAGACACUCUGAUUUAAUACCUCGACCUACUCAAAGUGGAGAAAUCAGAACUUAUUUACGCGCUCCUCAUGCCAUUCAGUGCCCUGUCUGGCACACGUUCCCAACUUGUUACUGAAAUCUUUGGUUUUUCUGUAUUUACUUGAAUUGAAAUUUUGCCGCAGAUAUAUCGUACCGUUACUGUCUUUACCUGUUACUUGGUGUGUGCGCGCGCAUUAUCUUAUUCAUUUCAUGAUCAUAGUUGUUUAACUUAUUUUAAACUCCUCAGACCUACACCUGUUCGUACCACAGCGCCGUCUGAAUCUGAAGCUGUGGAUCAAUUUUCUGUUCAUUUUCUUUUCACUCGGAUGUCGCUCUGCACAAUCUAAAGACGAAUGAUGAACAGUUUGAAUGUUUACGUCUCCACAGUCAGCACUUUUUUAACAGUCAGGUUUCUUUUUUUUCUUUUUUUUUUCCCCCUUCCACCAAAAUGGGGAAGAAAUAGUUCAGGACACGUACAUUUUUAUCUCAUUUAACAUAUGUGCAGUUGAGGGUUAAGGGGCCUUGUUUAAGGGCCCAGGUGCUGGUGGCUUAAACCUGCGAUUUUCCGAUCUAGUCUAACACCCUAACCACUCAGCCACCUUUACCCCAUUUUUGCACUUCAUAAAUUAGUUUUACAAAAUCAGGGCUGAUGUGCUAUAUUAUGAGCCUGGCUUCAUAAUAAUGAUUUAGGAGUAGAUUUUUCUUUUUAUUUGUUUGCUUUUUUUUUGUUUGUUUUUACUUUAAAGAAUAUGAUUUAGGUUUACAAUGUAUGACUGCCAAUAGAAGUACAAAAUCACAGAAAACAUGAAGUAAAAUGUCCUCUCUUUUUUUUGUGUUAAAUGUGUUAAUCUGUACCUUUCCACCUUCCUCGUCUUUGAAUGUUACCAUGAUGGGACCAUAUGCUUUAUACAUGUGCUUUAGUUCUUCGGUUCUUCUUCUCAUGUUCUUUAUUAAUGCUUAUUACAAUUUUUUUUUAUUAUAUUCUUUAUUACUGUAAUGCCUAUAUACCUAAGUGUAAAAAAAUCUCAUUUUAUUUUUAUCAUUUAUCAUCAUCAUUAUUAUUUUAUUAUUGAUAAUUAUUUUUGUUUGAGUGAUUUGUUAAGAAGAAUCAGACAGGUUUAACGCUGAGGUACCUGCAUGUAACCUGCAGGUUUAUCAGAUUUUAAGUGCUUCUCGGGCUCUUUGUGGGAGUUUCUCAGAUCUAGCGCUGAGUUGAACACACUGCACGCUCUCAUUACGCCAGAAUCUACAUGACUACCAAACAUUUUCUAUUUAUUGUUAGUCGUUUAAAUUCCCUUCUUUUAGAGCCAGCUCGUUUAUUCGGGCAGGCAGACUGAUGCGCGAAACCAUACAUUUAUGGGAUUAGAACCUAAUAGGGAAACAAUCCUUGUUAAAUGCUGCUAAGUCUCCUGUAACAGAGUUUUAGAGCCUUACUUUCCUGAUUGAAAUGACACCGCUAUAUCAAGCCGUGGUGUUUUGAAUGUGGUUAUGGGAUUUUAUUUACAAUCCGAGUAGUUGCAAUAAAAUGUUCUAUAAUCCUUU